GGGGCCCAGGGCAAUGAGAGGGGAAUAUAUGGCAGGUAUUUACAGGGUGUGUGGGAGGUUAGGUGUUAGGCGGAGGAAUACCAGGAAGGUCCUUUGAAGGGAGUCACCGUCACGUCAACAUGUCCGACAAAUACGACCACCAAAAUAGGGAUGAGGAGUGGGGCUCGGGUGGAGGCGGAUCCACCCCUAGCGGCGGCAGUGGAGACAACAAGGACUAUGAUGGCCCUGCUGGCAUGGAAGUCGAUGGAGUCAUUGAAUCUUCCUGGACAGAGGUGGCCACAAGUUUUGAUGACAUGAACCUGGAUGAAGCUCUGUUGAGAGGUAUCUAUGCCUAUGGUUUUGAGAAGCCAUCAGCCAUCCAGCAGAGGGCCAUCCUGCCCUGCAUUAGGGGCCACGAUGCCAUCGCCCAGGCCCAGUCUGGUACCGGCAAGACGGCCACCUUCUCAAUCUCCAUCCUGCAGAGGAUUGACGUGAAGUCAAAUGAAACGCAGGCGCUCAUCCUGGCCCCAACUAGGGAGCUGGCCCAGCAGAUCCAGAAGGUGGUGCUGGCGCUGGGUGACUACAUGAAUGUCACCUGCCAUGCCUGCAUUGGCGGCACUAACCUGCGGGAGGACAUGCGGCGCCUGGAGAUGGGUGUGCAGAUCAUCGUGGGGACGCCCGGCCGUGUGUACGACAUGAUCAACCGCAGAGUAUUGAAUCCCAAACAUAUAAAGAUGUUCGUGCUAGAUGAGGCCGACGAGAUGUUGUCUCGAGGGUUCAAGGAUCAGAUCUACGAUGUUUUCCGCUUCCUGCCCAGCGAGGUGCAGGUGGUGCUUCUCUCAGCCACCAUGCCGGCCGACGUCAUGGAUGUGACGACCAAGUUCAUGCGUGACCCCAUCACCAUCUUGGUCAAGAAGGAGGAGCUCACCCUAGAAGGUAUCAAGCAAUUUUAUGUGAACGUUGAGAAGGAAGACUGGAAGCUGGAGACCCUCUGUGAUCUGUACGAGACUCUCACCAUCACUCAGGCUGUGAUCUUCUGCAACACCCGCAGGAAGGUGGAUUGGCUCACCGACAAGAUGCACCAGAGGGACUUCACGGUGUCUGCCAUGCAUGGUGACAUGGACCAGAAGGAGCGUGACGUGAUCAUGCGUGAGUUCCGUUCUGGCUCCUCCCGUGUGCUGAUUACGACUGACUUGCUGGCCCGUGGUAUUGAUGUGCAGCAGGUGUCGCUCGUCAUUAACUAUGACCUGCCCACCAACAGGGAGAACUACAUCCACAGGAUUGGCCGAGGUGGACGUUUUGGCCGAAAGGGCGUUGCCAUCAACUUUGUGACCUCUGAAGACACUCGAAUUCUCCAGGACAUUGAGGAACACUACCGGACCUCCAUUGAAGAGAUGCCCAUGAACGUGGCUGAUUUGAUUUAAUCUAGGUGAGACAGUGGCAACAAUAAGGCCUCGGUUGUUGUUGCUUUGACCUACGCUCUUUUGUCAGUUGGUUGUGCACGCACCUGCCUACUGCUGUUGCCCAAUCGAAGCUGGCCUAUCUUGAUCUACCCCCCUGAGAGCUUGGACACAGUCUUGCCUGCCCGAACCAAGAGCUGUGCCUGAGCCCGAGUCUGAGCUGUGUGUCUCCUGGGAUCCGAAAGUUGGCUUGGAGUCGAGCGAGUGUUCCAGGUGGACACUUUUACAUUUGCCUGUGUAUUUAAAUAUAUCCAGGUGUUUUUCAUGGUUUCCAGUAGUAAUUAGCAUUAGCCCUAAGAAAUAUUAAGGGAAAUUACCCUGUUAUUUUAAUUUUUGUAAAGAUAUUUAUACAAUUACGAAGGUCAAGAGAAAAAAAGGGACUAGACAGAACCGCCCUUUAAAGCGGCGGCGCCCUGUCCUCCCUUGUACCAGCCUCCUCCUUCCCUCUUCCUCUUUCCUCUUCCCUUAGCUUCCUUUACAGCACUCAUCUGCUGCUGGCCUUGCCCAUGCCUCUUUUUAUACUUCUGACCUUUUAUCUUCUUCUCCAAGUUGUCGUCACAAGAAUGGGAAGUAAGUGCAGUUUUAAUCACAACUUAAAGAGCAAAGCAGAAACCAAGAUUCAGUUCUUUAGAAAUCUUAUAUCGUUAUGUUCUAUAUGUCUGAUGUGCUUAAGAAAGAUAGUUUUAGGUGUAUGGCAUGGUUAUUAUAUUCAAAAAAGGCGUCGCCGGAAAUCACUGUCUAUAAUGUAUGAGAAGCUUUGGUGUAUUUAUUAAUAAAACCUGUAAACACCACACUGCAUUGCUUUCAUUGGUUCAUCUCUGCUUUCGGUGACCAUGGUACGUGUGGUCUAACGCAGUCUCUGUAUUUCCAGGUCAUGACAGCUGUGAUGCCAGGGUCAAUAAAGCGCCAAGUCAUCGUA